CACGGUCUUCUUGGGCGUCCGCAGCCGGGAACCCGGGUGUCCGGGAUCCGGAGCCGAGGUCCAUGAUGUCGGAGAAGGAAGCUGGGCAGAGCGGAGGCUCCCCGCAGGUCGGCGGGGCGACUGUCAGCGACAUCCAGGAGCUAAUACGGCGCAAGGAGGAGAUCGAGGCGCAGAUCAAGGCCAAUUAUGAAGUGCUGGAGAGCCAAAAAGGCAUUGGGAUGAACGAGCCGCUGGUGGACUGCGAGGGCUACCCCCGGUCAGACGUGGACCUGUACCAAGUCCGAACUGCAAGGCACAACAUUGUCUGCUUGCAGAAUGAUCACAAGGCGGUGAUGAAGCAGGUGGAGGAGGCCCUGCAUCAGCUACACGCUCGCGACAAGGAGAAGCAGGCCCGGGACAUGGCUGAGGCCCAAAAAGAGGCCAUGAACUGCAGCCUGGGCCAGAAUGAGGGCCUCAGCCCCCUUCAGGCCUUUGCCAAAGUGAACAGCAUCAGCCCUGGCUCCCCUGCCAGCAUUGCAGGUCUGCAAGUGGAUGACGAAAUUGUGGAGUUUGGCUCUGUAAACACCCAAAACUUCCAGUCACUGCAAAACAUUGGCAGCGUGGUGCAGCACAGUGAGGGGAAGCCCCUGACUGUGACAGUGAUCCGCAGAGGAGAGAAACACCAGCUUAGACUUGUCCCCACACGCUGGGCGGGAAAAGGACUGCUCGGCUGCAACAUUAUUCCUUUGCAAAGAUGAUUGUCCCUGGGGAACAGUAACAGGAAAGCAUCUUCUCUUGCCCUGGACUUGGGUCUGGAGGGAUUUCCUCCUCUUCUCUCCCUGAAGCUUAAGGAUCUGGAAGAGGCUGGAAGCCUGAACUUCUAGGUGGUGGAAACACUGUGGCCUCCCAGUGUAAUCUCUUGGGAUUAAGGCAUUGUUAAAAACUUGAUUUGUGCUCAGCAUCUUUUGCAAAUUUGGCCGUGGCCCCAAAUGGGAAUCCUCUGGCCUAAAUGUGGGCAGUGGGCUGGAGUUAUUCUGGCAGGUGCUGAUACGACUUUCUUCUUUUAGGAAUUUUUUUUCCCAAAUAAACACAGUUUUAAAGUACCAAUAUGA